AUGGGAGGGGUUACACCAAAGACGGUCAUCACAGAUGGUGAUCCAGCAAUAAGACUUGCAAUCAAUGUAACCAUGCCUGAAGUUGUUCAUAGAUUAUGUUAUUGGCACAUCCACAAGAAGGUUGCGAUAGCUGUGAAGGAUCCAGAGUUUUUAAGGAAGCUCAAUAAAUUAUUCUUUAACUAUUACUCUGUUGAUGAGUUUGAAACUUUAUGGAUAGAUUUGAUUGAAGAAUAUGGGCUCCAAAAAAACGAGUGGGCAAAGUGGAUGACCGAUAGAAAAGAGCAAUGGGCAGAGGCAUACCUGAGAGGUAAUUUCUUUGCUGGAAUGACAACAACACAAAGGUGUGAGGGCAUGCAUGCUCUACUUAAAAAGAGAGUGAAUGAGAAGAUGAAAAUGUAUGAAUUUGUUCGUGCUAUUGAUGUGGGAAUGUCAUUGCUAAGAACUCGAGAUGCCAAGGAUGACUAUGACACGAUGAAUACUAUGCCGUUGCUUCAGCAGACAAACAUGACACAUAUCGAGGAGGAGGCAGCAAAAUUGUACACAAGAAAUAUGUUUUUCCGAGUUCGUGCUCAAAUAGAAAAAGAAGCAAGGUACAUGGUAGAUUCUUCAACAAAAAAAGAUGAUAUGGUGGUCGUUCGAUUGACAAAAACACCUCUUUUUGACACGCUGCAUAGAACAGUAUAUCUAGACUUGUCAACUGGUUCUAUAGGUUGUGAAUGUCAAUAUUUCCCGACCUAUGGCAUCCCAUGCCGACAUAUAUUCUGUGUCAUGAAAAAAUUCAAAGUGACUUCAAUUCCAAAGUCUUUGGUCAUUACACAAUGGACAAUACAUGCACGAGAGGUACAAGAAAUACCAAACGAAAGUUCUACCCGAUGCAGCUUCACAUGUCGUAAAGACAAAAUUCGUUUUGGUAAUAUUUCAACCCAGCUUUACCAAAUUUCUUUCCUUGCUUGUACGAGUGACAAUCUUUUGAAUUUGGCAAAGAAGGAACUUGAGCAAUUAAUGUAUAGGCUACAAAAAAUUUCAUUAGAAGAAGAUGGAUACGAAGAGCCAAGUCAAUGUGACAAGAACAUGGAAUAUGAUUUGAACAACCCCCGAGUUAGCAAAAAUAAAGGGACCGGAAAAGUGGCUGGUACCUCGAGGCAAGUGAGGAAAAGAAAAUGCACCAAAUGUGGAAUGUAUGGCCACAACAAAACAACCUGCAAGAAAAAUAGAGAAGAGAAUAUAAAUAAUUCUGAUUUGGACAUAUCCAAUGGUGAAGGUGCAUAUGAAGACUGCAAUGUUUGGGAAGAUAAUGAACAUAAUGGGGUUUCAGAUGAGGAAUUUGUGUUUGAUGAAAAUAUAAAGUGUUGGGAAGAUGCUAAUCAAAGAAAAAAAGCAACACCUCAAACAACUGAUGUAGACCAGCACAAAUUUGAUGCAACAUAUGUAGCGGAAGAAAGAAAGGAAAAAGAUGAUACAGAGACAAUGAGAAAUUGGUGGGGAGCACCUUAUGGAACUCAUGAUAUUCAAUAA